GUUAUUUGCCCUCUAUUGCUAACGAUAUCUGCUGUCUUACAGAGUAUGUGUUGUUCGGAAUGAGAAUUUUGUUCAUCGUAAAAGGGAUAGAUUAGCCUUCCAAACACGACACUUUGUGUGUUUACUUCAAAAGGCCAAAGAGAGGCCAAAGGGGGUUUACCGUACGAUUAGUUGGGAUCUACAGGGUACAAGUUACCCGUUGAUCCAGCCAGGUGGUAUAUAUAUUGAUAUCAGCACAUCAAAGUCCACCGGAAAAACAAAAAGAAACGAAUAAGAAGGGGAGAAAAGAAAUGUGUUCAUCAUCAUCAGAAUCCUCUUCUUCUUCUUCAACACCAUCGACAUCAAUGUCUCAAUCAUCAUCAUCAUCCACAUCCACAUCCUCACGAUCCUCCCUCGACCGGAAAAUCCAUCCCGACUUUUCAUGUCUAGAAUGGUGCAAAGUUUUACUUUCGGACCCCGACGUCGAAAACAUCACCACACCGACGGAUAUGACUCAUACUCCGACCGAUCCCAAAUGGACGGAUGAAGUUUCGAAUUCAAUGUUUGUAGAAACAUUGUACACACCGAGAGCCAUACGGGCACAGAUCUCAUUCACCCGACCUAGACCUAAGAGUGAGGUCGAUGCGGUCGGUCCUACUGUUGUGGACACUGUCGGCGCCAGUGACGACGGGGCUGUGGAAUACUGUUCAUUGUUUUCUCUAGGACCUGGCGUCGAUGGUAAAACGGGGAGAGCUCAUGGUGGAUUGAACGCGUUACUUCUCGACCAACUCACCGGUGGGACCGCCGCUGCCGUGUCCAAAACAACCGCCCCGGCCACCGCGACCAUGACGGUCGAUUAUAAAAAUCCCAUCUCGACCCCCGGAGUCGUGUUCGGGAGGGCUUGGGCCGUGGAAAGGUCGGGAAGGAAAACUUGGGUGAAGGCGGUGAUUGAAGACGGAAAAGACCUGUCAAGACGGUCACGACCGACGCCAAGUUGUAAUAAUAGGAGGAGGAGGAGGAGGAGGAAGAAGAAGAAGAAGAAGGAGAAGAAGGAGAAGAAGAAGAAGAAGAAGAAGAAGAAGAAGAAGAAGAAGAAGAAGAAGAAGAAGAAGAAGAAGAAGAAGAAGAAGAAGAAGGGUGCAAGAUAA